AUGGUCCACAACAGGCUCAACGAGAACGAGACGAACCCGAAUCCGAACAUAAAUUUCAUCACUGCUCUUCCGACUCCUCACGAUCCCCAACAGCAGGAACAUGCACGACAGCUGCUCCGUGCGUUGGCCGCGCAGGUCAAGCCUGUUAUGAAGGCUCAUGGGUUCGUCGUGAACAGCUUCGAGGAGUACGAAUUCAACGCUGUUUUCUCGGGAAGAAAUUGGAAUGCUGGAGAGACCGUAGAACUGGUUCUGCGUGGUCCUCAUGGAGGCCGUGUUCCUACUUCUUAUUUGAUGAGUACACUUUGUCAUGAGCUAGCCCACAUUAAUCACAUGAACCACGGUCCAGACUUCCAAAAGCUCUGGGCUCAACUCCGACAAGAAGUCAGGGCUUUACAGGAAAGAGGCUACUACGGUGAUGGCUACUGGUCAUCCGGGACCCGACUCGCAGACUCCGCCACAGUAUCAGGCUCAGGAAUCGAGGCAGGCGACCUGCCCGAAUACAUGUGCGGUGGCGCCCAAACCCGUUCUCGACCCUCCAACCGUCGGCGACGGCGGAUCGCGGGCACGGAGACCUCAAGAGCAGGUCCUUCCACCCAUACGGGCGCCCAAACGGCUAAGAAACGAAAAGCUGGUGGUCGGUUGACAGCGAAGGGUGCAUUCAGAGGCGAUGGCGUGGCCUUGAAUGACGGUGGCGAGAGCAAGAGCGAGGUUGCUAGUCAAGUGGGCACGGGAUUUGGUAAGAGGGCGGGAAGUAAGAAGGCGAGGGAGGAGAGGGCGUUGGCGUUUGAGCGGCGGAUCGCUGCGUUACAAGGCAAAGGUACGUCCUCAGAGAAUGGCCAAGACUCCGACUCCGACUCAUCGGAUUUCGAGAUCGUCCCCGAGACAGACUCAGACCGACGACGUGCGAUGCUCGAUUCGGAUCCUACGGGCAACGCGAAGCUCAAAGGUACCAACGGCAAACUAGAAGAUUUCUGGGACGAAUUUAUCAUCCCUAGGGCUUCUUCGUCUUCGUCUGGCUCUCAGCCCAAAGGGAAGGAGAAGGAGACGAAUGUUCCGAGUGGAGCAACCGCGAAGAAAGAUGGUGAUGGGCUGAAGCAGAGAACUCUGGACGGCGGCGCCGUUGGCACGGGUUCGGACGUCAAAGGCAACGGCAAGGGUGCUGCGAAGGGAAGAGGGAUGGUAUUAGGGAAUAUCGUGCAGGACGAGGUGGAGUAUCGAAAGAAAGAGGCGCUGGGUAUGACGAAGGAACAGAGCGAAGGGAGGACGUUGGGUGGUAAUACCAAGCGACCUGGACCUGGACUGGAGAGCGGCUGGGCGUGUUUGAUUUGUACACUAGAAAAUGAGAGCGGCCAUUUGGCGUGCUCUGCUUGUGGCACGGAGAGAGGUCAGGCAAGUUGGGAGGGUAACUAUUCAUGA